UUUCAGAAGUCAAUGAGCAGCUCGGAGGAAAAUCAGUUUAUUGGAAAUGUCGGCACACUGAAGCACAAUAAAGAAGAACUACGUCUAAAUUUGUCAAAUGACAGUGACGAAGACUCAUUCAACAAUCGAAACACGAUUCGCCGUGCAAAGUUGAUGAACAGUUCACAUUUUGUUUGCAUCGUAAUGACUGCAACUCUUCUCGUCACUGUUUGUGGAAUUGUACUUCUUGUACAAAUUAUUGAACGUUCUCGCCAAUAAAAAUUUUACUUUGUUAUG